GCUAGGAGACGGGAGGCGGGGACCAGGCCUGCUGCUGGAGCUGGGUCCGUUGCGGUCCUAGAGGCUGGGGGAAGGGGUCGGAUGCCAGGCAGCCACCCGGCCGGCAGAGCGGUUUGCUGUUAGCUAGAGCAGGCCGCCCCUCUCUCCCUCCCUCCCAUCCUGGCCGGGUUGCCCCCUCCCACUGCAUCUCUGCCUCCAGACCUCGACUCCCCAGCAUCCAUGUUUCAGGGCCUUUGACGGCCGCGGGGCCAGACCGGCCCCUCCCAAGAGUCCCGACCAUGACAGGGGAGGACACUUCUAACACCCUGGGUCUGAUCCUCGGCGUGGGCCUGUCCCUGCUGCUGGUCGCUGCUCUCGGCUACACCCUGGCCAAGUGGUAUCAGCGAGGCUACUGUUGGGACGGGCCCAACUUCGUCUUUAACUUGUACCAAAUCAGCCACCUGAAGUCUGUGGAAUUGGAGAUGGCUCCUCCCUUCACUGUCAGUGGCCAUCUCAGCCCCUCGGAGGGGGGGUACGCCCGUUUCUAUGACCGAACAGUUUGAGCAGGGAACCGGGGAGCCCAAGAAAGGAAUGAUUGGCUUGUGGCACCAAGAAGAGGACGAUGGAGCCGCUAGGACACACGGGACCAGGGAAGCCACUUGGUCAGCCUGGACCCAGAAGAAGCUGGUGCUUGGGGUGGUCUGAGUUUUCGUUCACGUUCUCUCAGUCCUUGGGGGCUGAGCUAGCCUGUGAGGUUGUUUAGGGGUCCCUGCUCACAGCCCAGAGGGGAGCCAGCCCUGUCCCAUGCUGGUCUCAGGCCUCUGAUGGGCACAGGAGGGAAGCUGGGUUUCCCUCAGCCCUGGAGGAAGGAGGGGUCCCUGCUCAGCAAUGUGGACCUCAAUGGGGACCUUUCACCCUCCAGGGCCACUCUCUCCCCUGCUGUCAGCUUUGCUGGCCUAACCACCAAACUUUCCAAAUUCCCCCAACUUUCUCCAUAGUUAUUCUGGGGUCUGGCCUGGGAGGCUCCCGGAGGUCUUGGCACCCGAAGGGAUGCCCGGGAUAUGCAGUCUCCUGUCUGGGGCCAGACUCUCCUCUGCCACACCACACUGCACCAAACCUGCUGGCCUUGACUUCUCUUGGGAGAGAGAAUUGGGUAGGCACAUCUGCUGAGACGGGGGCAUGUCGGGAUUUUCCCUCAGUCACUCCGGGGAGGAAGCGAGAGCGGGGCUGCUUCCUUUCUCCAACCCCCUGGUCCCUGGAGGAGGAGGCUCAGCUCCAGUCCAGACUGCCCUUCCCCAACCCUGGCCUUCUCCCUACCUGCCCCUAAAGCAUUACAAUUCUCCCUUACAGCAGGGCAAGGACAAGAGCGGAGGCAGGCAAAGGGGUAGAGACAGGGACAGAGACCAGGGCAGAGAUGGAGGAAGACUCAGGAAGGGGCAGGGGCAGGGUGCCCGGGACAGGUGCAUGGACAGGGCAGGGGCAUCGAGCUCAUUCACUUCCCUCACUCUCCCUCCAUACCAGUCAGUGCCACACCUGCCCUGCAGCCCCCACAGUCCCAGGGUGAAUGGAGCAUGACUCCCAAGAAGCAAGAGAAGGAGACUAGAGUCCGAGACGAUGCUGGCAGGAGGAGGUGGCCUGAGUGGAGGGCGGGAUGGGGGGAGGUGGGCACUCCCUGCAGGGAGGAACAGACUGGGGUUUCUUCCUGGAACUGCCAGUUCACAUUCUAAUCAGGAAAAGCCUCCACAAAGAACAGGAGAUUUCUCAUUCUGGAAGGGAGUCUUUGAGUUCCUGGAACCCAGACCUAGCCCCUUCGCUCCCAAAGCACUCCCGACGCCCUCCAAAGCCCCAGUCCUUUCUGCCCUGUGAAGGCAUGUUUUCCAUCCUGGCUCAGGGCUGGGUAAGCCAGGAUUUGGGAGCUGGAGCUCCUGGGUCCUUGGGGGAAGGGAGCUCCUCUCCUGCCAUCUUGGCCCCGGGCCUCUGUGCCCUUUCCAUACUGCAGGCAUGGUGGGGGAUGGGGGUGUGGAUGGGGAAGUGUUGGUGUUCCCCCACAAACUGCUGUCAAGCAUUGGCACAGUGCUUGGAGAUCAAAGGCGAGCAAGAGGUGUUGCUGUUCGAAUUUGGUUCAAAACAGGAAGCGAGAGGCUGCUGUAUUUUCAUACUUUGGUGCCAGAAGUGAGAAGUUUCCGUCCCUCCCCCACCCCCACCCCCCACUCCCCAACAGCAGCCCAGCAUCUGGAGCCAGCCAUACAGGGGGGAUUCUGAGCCCUCUGACACCCCCCACCCCAGCUGGCAGCUGCAGGCAGAGAGCACCUUCACAACAGCUGUCUCCUUCCCCACCCCUCUAAAUAAGAGGUUUCUGCAGAGAGAGAGGAAGAGAGAGAGAUGUAGGGGCGGAAAGUUUCAAGGUGCUGCAGCUCCUCUGCAGAAUGAGUUUAGGGCUGGGAGGAUGGAGAGCGGUGGAGGGGAGAAGGCUCUCUCUGUUCACAGGGCAGUGGACAGGGAAAGGAGCCACCCUGGGCCCAGCAGGUUUGGGGCUGGACUACCCGGACCAGCUUGGGACUACCCAAUCCAGUGAGGGUUACAGGACAGAGACAGGGCAGGGUUAAAGGGCUUAUAAUGCAACCUUGCAGGCAGGUUUUGAAGCUAGUAGUCUGAAACAUGACUCCAGCCUAACCCACACUCCUAGCCACGAUGCAUAUGUUGACUGGGGACAGCAGCCGCCAUGUGACCUGCUUGUAGUCCUUCCUUCCAAUGAUGGUAACUGCAGCUGGCUUUCUCUUUGGACCCCGUGUCUGGGAGAGUUGCUUGAGUCAACCGUUUCCUAUAAAUAGAUGACGAUUUUCUCUCCUUUUUAUCUCUGCCCAUUUUUACCUGCCCAGGGUCCAAGGGUUUAAUAAUAAUAAUAAUAAUGGCAUUUAUUAAGCACUUACUAUGUGCA